AUGGAGGAAACUCAACUCAACAGCACCAUUGAUCCAGCUUGUUUACAAGAGCCCCCGCUGGCUAUCGACGUGAUCAAGCAGCUAGAUGUGUUUGGAUUGUGCCUGUACUCCAUGCUCACCUUCAUGUCCAGCAUCUCCCUGCUGCUGUACCUGGAGCAGUGUUUCUACAUUUACAAAAAACUGCCCUACCCCCAGAAGACGACCAUCAUUUGGAUAAAUGGUGCAGCACCAGUCAUUGCCACCAUGGCUUGUUUUGGGAUGUGGAUCCCAAGGGCAGUCAUGGUCACAGACAUGACGUCCAACUGUUAUUUUGCAGUGGUGAUGUAUAAGGUCUUGGUUCUGAUUAUCGAGGAGUUUGGAGGCAGCAAUGCUUUUCUGAAGCGGUUUUCCGGUAAAACCUUUAAGAUCACCACAGGACCCUGCUGCUGCUGCUGCCUCUGUUUACCCCGCGUGGCGAUGUCACGGCGAUUGUUAUUCUUCCUGAAGUUGGGUUCUCUUCAGUAUGCAAUCCUAAAGACGGUGCUCUCUGUCCUCGCCAUAGUAUUGUGGACAAAUGGCAACUUUGAUCUGUCUGAUCUAGAGAUCACUGGUACAGCCAUUUGGAUUAACCCAUUCAUUGGCGUUCUCACCAUCAUCGCCCUUUGGCCUGUUGCCAUCAUCUUUAUGAACACUAAUAGCUUUCUACGCAGCCUCAAAAUUGUACCCAAGUAUGCCAUCUACCAAUUAAUACUUGUACUGAGUCAGCUGCAGACAUCAAUCAUUAACAUCGUGGCCUUGGAUGGAACCAUCGCCUGCGCCCCUCCCUUCUCUUCUCAAGCUCGUGGCUCCAUGCUAAAUCAGCAGAUAAUGAUCAUGGAGAUGUUCAUCCUCACUCUGCUCAAUCGGUGUUUGUACCGUCGUACAUAUGAGACACUUCCCUCUGAGGUAUAUGACAACGACCAGAAUUCUAAAGUCGCCCUGCAGACUGCUCUCGUGGAGCAUGACGUCUAA